GAGCCAGGACCAGCGAUUCUAUUGUUGAUGCCGCUUUAAGCGCUGUCCGGUCAUUGGUAAAAGACCGUCUUAGUGGCAGAGGUGGAGGAUACAGUUCCGGAAAACAGAGCAGUUAUGAAAGUGGAGGCUCUGACAAAAAGGAUGUGAUUGAACUGACGGAUGAUAACUUUGAUAAGACCGUACUGGACAGUGAAAGUGUCUGGCUGGUAGAAUUUUAUGCUCCUUGGUGUGGACAUUGCAAAAAGUAAGUGUUCUGGCUGCACUCAGGAUUCCUGCAGCAUAUUUACACACAUACUAGGGGAAACCAGAUGUUUGAGUAGCAGUUGGGCGCAAGAAUAUUGAUAAUACAAUCUGUCAAUAGGUUUGAGCCGAGGUGGCGCAGUGGUUAAAUGCAGCACUGCAGGCUACUUCAGCUGACUGCAGUU